AUGCGAACUGAGUUUUUGGCUUUGAGGCAGGAUAAUAUGUCAGUGGCGGAGUAUCAGCAGAAGUUUGAUGAAUUGUCAAGGUUCGCAGGAGUUUUGGUAGAAAAAGAGACAGAUAAAGUGUGGUAUUUUCAAAGGGGGCUUCGGGCCGAUAUUCAUGGAAGAGUUUCUUUGCUUGACACAGAGACCCUACCAAAACUUAUGACUAGAGCCCUUACAGCAGAGAGUGACUUAUCUGAAGAAAGGAGGGUUGCAGAGAAUCAAUACAAGAGGUUUAGGCCAGGACAAAGUAGUGGGAGUGGUUUACCUGCAAAGAGGGUGCACACUUUGACUCAAACAAAUGAAGCUGGGAGGCAGGCAUUGAGGCCGUGUCAGAAAUGUGGUCAACCUCAUUUGGCAAAGUACCAUUGUGAUGGUUCACUUCGAGUAUGUUAUAGUUGUGGGCAGCCAGGUCAUGUCUCCACCCAUUGUAGAGCUCAGGGUGAUGGAAGGAAUCAAAUACCUCAGGGUCAGAGGCAGUCAGUGCAUGGAAGUGGGCAUAAUCAGCAACGACGGUUUAAUAAUCAGGGGAAUCAUAGGCAGCAAGCUCGAAAUGGGGGUCAAGGACAGAGAAAUGUGACAGAGGGUCGUGUGUAUGCAUUGACUCAGCAGCAGGCUAAGGAUGUGCCAUCUAUGGUGCAAGGUACUCUUUCUAUUUCAAAUGUACCAGCUCGAGUUUUGUUUGAUUCUAGUUCUACCCAUUCCUUUGCUGCUCCUGGAUAUUUGUAUCAGUUACCUAUUGUUGUUGAGGCAUUAGAUGUGUGUGUUAUGAUGGUAGGAUUUUACCAAUAG